CAGAGGCAACUCGGCAAAAUAAGGAGUUGAAUAUAAAUUUUAGCACUAAUUAGCUGAAAAAGCGAUAAUAACAAAUUAAAUUACUCAUUUUAUAUAUGUAAAUUGUAUAGAUUCUUACUCGUUUGUGACAUAAAAAAUAAAUUGUUUGUACAGUUUUUGUGCGAUGACUAUCAGAUUUUAGGAUGGCUAGUGCUGAUGAAGAUGAGGUGAUACGUGAAGCUUUUAUGGUGAAGCGGUCUCAAAACAAGAAAAUUUUCACUCCAGUAAAUUAUAAGGAGCGUUGGGUUGUGCUGACUAAAAAAGCUCUAAUUUACUAUGAAACAGAUGGAAAUAAGAGAAAAGAACGCGGAAGGAUACCCACGAACGCCAUACAUACUGUGGAGCAGGCUCAAGGGGAAUUGACGAAACAGGUAGCUGACAUCGACAACGACAAGAGCCGCGCCUACAGGUACCCCUUCCAGGUGGGGUACACGGAACAGAACACAGACUACACAUUGUACCUCUCGGCCCGGGAGCAGAGCGAAAGACUGACCUGGAUAAACGACAUCCGGACCGUGUGCAUAUCGAACCCUCGCCGCGCACGCUACCACCCGGGUGUGUGGUCGCGCCGCUGGGCGUGCUGCGACGCCGAGCGCCGCGCGGCGCCGGGCUGCGCGCUCGCUGCCGUCUGGCCGCUACCCGAGCCCGACCUCGAGCUUAUACUGCGGGAGCAAGCUCCCAACAACAACGUCUUGGCAGUAGUCACCAUGCCAGGGGGAGGUGCGCCCCCCGGCACGCCUUCAGCUAAGCUAAAGGAGAAACCAAGGAUAAAAGUUGUGGUCGCGCUCUACCCGUUCAAAGCGAUCGAGGCUGGCGACUUGUCACUAGAGAAGGGUGCGGAAUAUGAAGUAAUAGAUGAUUCUCAGGAGCAUUGGUGGAAAGUCAAAGAUGAACACGGGUCAGUGGGCUACAUUCCAAGUAAUUAUGUGAAGGAGAAGGAAACUAUAGGAUUGCAGAAAUAUGAAUGGUACGUGGGUGAGAUGUCGCGGCAGCGCGCCGAGUCGCUUCUCAAGCAGGAGGACAAGGAGGGCUGCUUCGUCGUACGCAACUCCUCCACCAAGGGCAUGUACACGCUGUCCUUGUUCACUAAAGUGAAUCAUCCUCAAACGAAGCACUAUCACAUAAAGCAAAACGCGCGCGGCGAGUUCUACCUGUCGGACAAGCACUGCUGCGCGAGCAUCCCCGAGCUCAUCAACUACCACAAACACAACAGCGGCGGGCUGUGCUCGCGGCUCAAGGCCACGCCCUGCGACCGCCCCGCCCCGCCCACCGCCGGACUCUCACACGACAAAUGGGAGAUCGACCCGGGCGAGUUGGUCCUGCUGGAGGAGCUCGGCGCGGGCCAGUUCGGCGUGGUGCGGCGCGGGCGGCUGCGCGGUCGCAUCGACACCGCCGUCAAGAUGAUGAAGGAGGGCACCAUGUCAGAGGACGACUUCAUAGACGAGGCCAAAGUCAUGAUGAACCUAAAGCACGAUAAUCUAGUGCAACUGUACGGAGUGUGCUCCAAACACCGGCCGAUCUACAUAGUGACAGAGUAUAUGCGGCACGGCUCCCUGUUCAACUACCUGCGACGCACCGCGCCCGACCAGCUGGGCCCGGCCGUGCUGUUAGAUAUGUGCAUACAGGUGUGUAGAGGAAUGGCGUAUUUAGAAAAACAUAAUUAUAUACAUCGAGAUUUAGCUGCUAGAAAUUGUUUGGUUGGCGAUGCACUAGUCGUAAAGGUCGCAGACUUUGGCUUAGCACGAUACGUUCUAGAUGACCAAUACACGAGUUCGGGAGGUACAAAAUUCCCCAUCAAAUGGGCGCCGCCUGAAGUCCUCAACUACACGCGGUUCUCGUCUAAAUCCGAUGUCUGGGCUUUCGGUGUGCUAAUGUGGGAAGUGUUCACAUGUGGCAAGGUGCCGUACGGUCGCAUGAAAAAUUCCGAAGUAGUAGAGAUGGUUCAAAGAGGACAGGUGCUGGAAAAACCAAAAGGCUGUUUAAACGAAAUAUAUAAUGUGAUGAAGGCGUGCUGGCGGCAUCUGCCGGAGGAGCGGCCGGCGUUCCGCGCGCUGCGGGAGGAGCUGUCUGCGGUGGCGGCGGCCGUGCUGGCGGACUGACUGCGCCUGCUGCUCGCCCUGCUGCGCCCCGCCCCCGCGCCCCCCGCCACGCUGCCCCGCGCCCGCCGCGCCCCCCGCACACCCCUCGCCUCCCCGCUCUGAUCUCCCGCUGCCUUGUCGGAUCGACUGCUGACUGACCGCGAAUCGCGAUAGAGCGAGAUGCACAGCGCAAUACUACUCGCCAAGAGUGAGACGGUAGAUCUGUCGCUUUUUCGUGAUGGUGUGGUAAUCUGUCAAAUGAUUUCGCUGCUAUCACAUCGACCGCCAAGAAAGCGAUAGAGCGAGAUGGAACGUGAAGCGUUAUCGUUUGAAGUGUGAGACAGUAGAAUUUUCUGUUUGUUUGAUUGCGGCGGCGGUGCGCUAACGGCGUUUAUGACAGGAAUAUGGCACAAGAUGUUAUUUUACGUCUCCCCAGCUACCCCGGUACGGGCGACAAGCGGCAUUAUUAUGCAUUUUCUCGGCACGCCCCACAGCAGUCAUGAACACUGAUUAAAGGUGGGACCAAUUUCUUGAAAUCUGUUUUUUUCGCGUAAAAAUUCGCGUGUGAACUUGUCGUUUCUGCGGAAAGUUACUCCACACCAUUUAAUGUUACUUCAAGAAUCAAGAUAAUGUGGCCCCACCUUUUAUUGUACAAAAUUGUGUUGCUGCGAAAUCGAAGGUUUAUUACUUCAACAUUACCGAUCACCUACUUAAAUAUAUUUCUGCUUCAAAACCAUUUAACAGUCCACAAAUUGGCAACAAGAUAUUAAGGCUACCUGUGAUAUUGCAUUCCAAAACAAUAACAUUUUAUUUGUUAAAUGUGCUAAUUAUUUCUUACGAACCCCAAAAUAUACAUGAAUUUAGACCGUUCUAAAUAAUAAAAGCAUUCGGAUACAAGUUUUUUUACAUAGAAUAUGUAGUCAGUUGUCGAUCAUUUUGUGCUCCCGGUGUUUUUCAUAUUUUUACAUAUUAUAUGGGUAUAGAGAGAAUGGUUGAUAAUAUGAAAUACGUGAAUGGUUUGUAAAAUGUUUUGUACGACUUUUUAAAUAAUGCUCACAACGAGGUAUAGGUAUAAAUUUAACGUAAUUUAAAACACACGCACUAACACCCGUACUUGGCGUCUUUUUGUACGAUUGACACGAUGGAUGAUAAAAUAAUAUUUUUGUAAUCUCAAGCUCAGCUAGUCAUUUCAAACUGAGUUUAAAUUUGAUUAUGUAACAACGAAUUCACUCGGACCAUUCCAUUUUUGUAUGAUAUUAUAUCGGAAGAAAAUUCAAUAACCGCAUGGCAAUAAUAGGAUCUCAAAGCAAUACAUAUUAUGCUUGAACCAGCCUUUAGUAAUUGGAGUAACUGAAUGGGAAACCAGUAUUUUUGUAUGUGAACAUAAGUACAACCUUUAGGGCCCAUAGGCGGGAGUCGUAGGUCACUACUCACUAGAUAUUCAUAGUAUUGGGUAAUGUCAAUUCAGAAGGAACCAUAUCAGUUUAUUUAUAGUUCUCUAUAAUGGAUUAGGUCCUGUAAGAUUCCAUUUGCUGACUUAGGGCUCAUUUAACACCUUUUCCGAUGUAACUUGCUCCUUAGACAAAAGUAAUCAUGUAGUUAUCUGAUUGUAUAUAGUUUAGUUUAGCCCGGUUAGUAUUAGCUAUGGUAUAUUAACAUAUUAGACGCAGAACUUAUCUCAUUUGAUUAAUCCUGUAUUAUAAUUGUUGUAUUUUAUAUUUAAAAACACAGUCUCAGGAAUAAGCUAAUUUUUAAUUUGUGUUAAGUUGGUGUUAUUUUUAUUUGGAACUGCCACGAAAAUGUUACUCGAUUAUUUUAUAGUUUAGUCACAAUAUAUUAAAUGUACCAUCAAAGAAAUUGACUCAUAGGCCGUUACCUAUCUUCGUCACUUGAUAGGGCUAAGACAUGUCAAUGUUACUUGUAAAUUACAAUUUGUAAUCCGUUCGCUGUGCUUGACAUAACACGACCAAAUAACGUAAGUCCGCCCUCUGCCUAUAUGACUCAAUUUCUCUAGUAAUACUAUACAAAAUAAUGUAUGUAAGUAUAUUCUGACUUUAACAAAGUCGUUGAAUUGACAUAAAAAUCUGAGGAAUUGAUAAGAAAACUGCUCGAAAAUGCUGCAUUAUCACUUGUAAUUUUAACACAUUAUAUUUUGUAUCAUAUCAAUCUAAUCUGAUAGAAUAACAUGUCAAACAUAAGGCAUUGUAAGAAUCAGUAUAAAAUGUUGAGACUUGAGUUAUAAGUAUAACGUACAUAAUAUUAGGUUAUAAUAUUGUAUACAUGUAUAUUGUUACAUAACAUUUUAUCAUAAAAUUUGCGAGCUAUUUCGUACGUUAUUUGAAAGUUAAAACAACCAGCCUGUUUACCGUCCACUGCCAGAAAAUAGAAUGAUCUUUAUUUUUAAUUAAUUUCAGUAUAUUUUGAUUAUUAAAUUAGUGUAUUAUAGGAUCUCCUCGUUAUUUAAAUUUGGAACAUGACGACAUUCCUGUUUGGGCACAUUGUUAGAAAUAUUUUGUGUGAUUAUAACUCCUAGUCAUAUUGUAACUGUUACGGCUUGCAAACAAUGUCACCUUUAUUCUAUGGUACUUUUAAACCACUAUUGACUGUGUGGCUGGAGAUUUUCGCUUAAGUAUAUUUUUUUAUCCUUAAA